AAGGGCGUAGUAACAAAACUUGUGCCAUACUAAACAGUCAUGUAUCGUUUAAUAUUGUUUUCUGUGUUAAUUGUAAGUGUUUAUUGUGCUGACCCUAAAUUUCGGACGGUAGAAACGGAAGAGGGUCCCGUACAAGGCGGAAAAUACUGGAAUGGGGAUUUCUAUGAGUUUUAUGGGAUACCUUACGCUACGGCACCCACUGGGCGAGACAAGUUCAAGGCACCUCUACCAGUCGAACCGAGGCAAGGGCUGUUCGAAAGUCCAACAGAGAACAUAAUCUGCCAACAAACGGCUUACACCGGCGAAGAUGACGAAGACGAAAUAUUCUUAAGCGGCAAAGAAGACUGUCUUCUAAUGAACUUAAUGGUGCCAGAAGUAGCAAGCGAAGAAAACCUGGUCCCUGUAGUCAUUUACAUCCACAGUGGAGCGUUCGCUGGAGGCAGUGGCACUAUGAGCAAAGUGACCCAUGUAGCAAACCGUGACGUCAUUGGCAUAACCUUCAACUAUAGAGUUGGAGCUCUUGGGUUCGCCUGUUUAGGCACUGAAGAGAUCCCAGGGAAUGCUGCACUCAAAGACGUUCUAGCAGCUUUGAAAUGGAUCAAUAGGAAUAUCAGAAAGUUUGGUGGGGACCCUGAUAAUGUAACCCUUGCUGGCUACAGCGUAGGAGCUACUAUUGCAGAGCUCAUGGCAUUGUCUAGACAAACUGAUGGGCUUAUCCACAAGAUCAUUCUUGAAAGUGGUUCAGCUUUAACGCCGUUCGCUAUAAACAGACACCCUAUAACUACAGCAAGGAAUAUUGCAACUUCAAUAGGAUUCAAUGACACGGGUAAUCUCAAGGACCUUAACGAGUUCUACCUCAACGCAUCAGUCAAAGAUUUGGCUAUUAAAAGUCUGAAUUUCUUCAUGACUAACAGCACUUUUGGGUUUGCUCCUUGCAUAGAAAACAAAAAUAAUCCCCAAGCAAUCCUAACGGAGUCUCCUUUGGAUAUUCUGAAGAAGAAAGAUGUGAAACCGUUAGCAGUUUUAACUGGAUUCGCAAAUAUGGAGGGUUUGAGUCGCGCUAGCAAAUUUGAUGCUUGGAGUGAGAUGAUGAAUGAGAAGUUUGUUGAUUUUAUACCUGGAGAUUUAGUUUUUAAAGAUGAUAAAACAAAAGAGAGCGUUGCGAAAGAGAUAUACAAAUAUUACUUUAACGAGGACGAAGUGACCCAUGAUAAUGUCAGAGCAUACAUUGAUUACUUCUCAGACUGUAUGUUCAAGUAUGCUAUAAUGAAAUCUGCAAAACUACACGCAGCUAUUGCUACAAGGCCUGUGUAUUUGUAUGAGUUUUCUUACGUUGGAGAGCUUAGUGCGAAACAUCAGUUUAUGGACAAAAUCAAGGGUGCGAGUCACAGAGACCAGACUGCUUACGUUUUGGACUUCUAUGGCUACACGAAGAAAAAAAGGGAUCUUGAUACAAGAGACCGAUUGACGUGGAUGUGGUCAGAUUUCGCCAAAUACGAGGAUCCAACCGCUUACGAAAGUAGUCUCAUAAACGUCAAAUGGAGGAAGUACUCGAACGACAAACCUUAUCACUUAUCGAUAGGUUCGAAAUUGCAAAUGAAGAAAAACUUGUUUACUGAUAGCUACAACUUUUGGGACAAAAUCUACGAGAAAUACUACUGGAACCCAACGUCGGUUCAGUGAUGGCAAGCUUGAGUGUGGUGUUCAAUAAUUUAUUAAUAAAAUAAAAUGUGUUUUUGCAAAA